AUGAGCACUAGCGGCAGAAAUUCGCAAAUGCCGAAUGCUGCUCCAGAAGCACCGAUGGAAGCAGCGUCCGUACCGCACGGCGGUGCAAUUGGACGCGACGAUAUAUGGGACGACAGUAUUAUUAUCAAAAAAUAUGACGCCUCACUGGCACUGAUCAAGGCCGAAGUAGCAAAACGAUUAGCCAUGAAUACGAACCGAAACGCACUGGCUGAAGCGGCCGGUUGCAGUGGCAUCAAGACGAUGCGUAAACAGCAAAACAAAGACAGCGAUUCAACGGGCGGCGAAGCGACGGUUGGUACACCGGAACACGAAGAAAAGGGCACGAUGGAAAUAUCGGAACACGAGCAACCGAUUGCACACGGACCACCGACCGGUAUGUUCGAGCUCGGUGACUAUGUGCGUGCCACAUACGAUGAUGGAGUGGAUUAUGAGGCGAAAAUUAUCGGGUUCGGAAAUCAGGGCGACUGUUUGAUCCGAUACGUGGGGUACAACAACGAGCAGACGGUACUGCUAGAGGAACUUCUACCUUCCUGGGGGAGAAAGGCACGUCGGCAGCAGCGUGUCGAGGCGGCCGAAGCGGAAGCUGCCGGUGCAGACUCUCAGAUGGAUAUUAGCGAUGACGAGCGGUUCACAAGGCAAGCGAGCAAGAUUAAGGUGAAUUUCGGACCAAACUUUGGUCAUACGAGUGUGGGACAGACGAUCCCCGGGAGGGGUGGGCGAUCGGGCAUGAUGGGACAGAGUAUGUCCACCGCGUACAUGGUUCCACCGCCACCACCAAUGCCCCCGAUGCUGGAAGAUGGGGACGAUAUCGAAUCGGAGAAUCUUUCCGCCAUGCUGAUGUCUUGGUACAUGAGCGGUUACUAUACGGGACUGUACCAUGGCCAGCGGAUGUCUCAGCAGCAACAGCAACAACACACGCAACAGAAGCGAGCAAGGCAAUCGUAA